GGCAGGGGGGUGAGUGGCGACCGACCGGCCCAACCCAAAUUCCGAACCCUAAAAUUCCGAAGCUUUGGAUGGCAUCGUCGUCCAGUGCGGCCGCGGAGGCAACACCGCCGUGGCUCGAUUUGCCGCGAGACAUCACAGCCGCGAUUUUGCACAGAUUGGGGGCAUUCGAGAUACUCACAUCCGCGCAGAAUGUUUGUAAGUCAUGGCGGAGCGUGUGCCAGGACCCGGCCUUGUGGCGCUCAAUCGACAUGCAAAAUCCCGGCGAUCCUUGGGAAACUCAAUACAACUUGGAUAAAAUGUGCUGCCACGCAGUGGAUCGUAGCCAGGGUCAACUGACUGAUAUUAGUAUAGAGUAUUUUGGCAGCGAUGAUUUGCUUCUAUGCAUUUCUCACAGGUGCACUCAGCUCCGAUGUCUUGAACUUGUGUACUCCUUCGGCGUAACCGGUGAUGGUUUGGCCGCAGCCGUAAAAAAUUUCCCGAUGCUCGAGGCGCUGCAUCUCUACUACACCUCAAUCGAAGCCGAAAGUAUCAAAGCUAUCGGAAACUCUUGCCCACUGCUAAAGUCCUUCAAAUUGAACGCCCGUUGGUACAAAGAGCCACAUGUUAUCUGUGAUCUGGAGGCGCUAGCAAUUGCAGAAACCAUGCCUGAGUUACGGGACCUUCAGUUAUUUGGAAAUAAAAUGACGAACGAAGGCCUGCAGGCCAUCCUCGACGGCUGUCCUAAUCUCGAAUACCUUGAUCUAAGACAGUGCUUCAACGUUCAUUUUGGCGAGAAGCUGGGGAGAUUAUGUUCUCAGAGGAUCGAAGAUCUCAGGCGUCCUUACGACCCCACAGAUGACUAUGAAUUUGAUGCUGAAAUAUAUGACUGUGAGUCGUCCGAUGAUGUUUCUAUAACGGGGUUUUCUGACAUGGACACAGUUUCGGAUGAUCUUGAUGAUGAUUAUCUGGAAUUCUCGGACGGGAGCGAGCCGUCGUCGCAUGAUUCGUUUGAAGAUCCAUAUGACAUUUGAAGAUUGGAGAAGAGUUGGAGUCAUUUGUUGUGGUGCAAGAUGUCCUUGGUCGUGUGUUUCGGUGUCUGAAGUUCUUCUUCUGCUACCUCUUUGUAAGCAAAUGCACCUCUCUUUGUUUGUUUGUUAUAUAUAUAUAUAUAUACACAUAAUAUAUAUGGAAGAAAUCUUAAUUCAUAAUAUGAAUGAUAUAAAUCAUGAAUGCAAUGCAAUGGCAUCGAUUUUUAAAUAUAGAA